UUGGUUGUCAAGUCUAGUUCUUUUCCUUCCUCCGACCUUUAUUGAAGCACUCGUUUUGAAUUUGAUACAGUUCUUUUUUUUCUGUUUCUUUUAUUGGGUCUGUGUUUUUGCUUAGGAUGAGGCGUCAAUAGUAUUUGUGAUGGCUACAAAAAUACUGUUGUUUAUGUAGCUGCUCUGCCUUCUUUGGAAACCAAUCACGUCUACAUCUCUAUUGUUUCCUAUUUUUAAGCACUUGCUGCAAUCUUUGAAGCUUUCAUUCGAAAAACUUUACUUUCUUUCGUUCUGGGCACCAGCUUUUCUAAUUGGUCAAAUCGCGUUUUUCUUAUGAAGCUAUUAAUCAAACAGUGAUCAUACAUACACAUUGCUAAGCUCACAUCAUCGAUUUUGAAUUCAACCUAUUAGCCCCGAUUCAUUUCCAUUGUAUGUGUUGUGAAUUACCUGAUUGUUUAGUACGGUUCUUUGUGUUUUGAAGGUCAGGUAAGGAACUGGUUGUGUAGAACUUUCCUGAUUUCACAAAGGAUGGGAGAUCAUUUCGUUUUGCUGGUUGAUCGUUUGCUGACGGAAUCAACUUUGGAAGCUGCAAUUGGGAGUAGAAACCCAUUAAAGCAGGCAGUGCCUCUGAUGAUUAAUGACUCGAUAAUCGAUUGUUCCUCCCACAAAGACUCUGAAGCUAGUUUAUCUCCAAGGAAACUGGUCGAGUGCAGGAUAUGCCAGGAUGAAGAUGUUGAUUCAAAUAUGGAGUCUCCUUGUUCUUGCUCUGGAAGCUUAAAGUAUGCUCACCGUAAAUGCGUACAAAGGUGGUGCAAUGAGAAGGGUGACACGACGUGUGAAAUAUGCCAUCAGCAAUUCAAGCCGGGAUAUACAGCACCACCCCCUAUUUUUCGUUUUGGGGGACUUCCCAUGAACUUGAGGGGAAAUUGGCAAAUCUCUAGAAGCGAUCCAAACAAUCCUCGCAUUAUUGCAAUGGUUUCAACUGAUCACAGUUUCAUCGAUCAAGACUACGAUGAGUAUGCUGUGUCCACAUCAAGAAGCAUAGUUUGCUGUCGCUCAGUUGCCAUAAUAUUUAUGGUUCUCCUAAUUUCACGACAUACUCUUCCAGUCAUCGUUACUCGAGCUGGGAAUUAUUCUUUCCCACUAAUCAUGUUGUUGAUGCUGCGGAUUAUUGGGAUUAUUCUACCGAUAUGCAUAAUACUCAAAGCUGUGACUUCCAUCCUACGUCGCCAACACCAACAGGCUAAUCUGUCCGCUUCCACAUCUGACGAAGAGUCUAGUUCAUUAUCUAGGCAUCAGCGGCAGGCUGUUGCUACACAUUAAAAAGGGCUGCAUUCGAACCGGUCCUAUGACUCAACUUCUGAUCGAUCUGGUUUUGGAUGAUGUUAAACCAUAACUGCGCUGCCAAGAAAGAUACAACGGAAGUAGCACUCCAACUCCAUGUAUGAUUUGUGAAGUUUUUAUCUUAAACUUGCCACCUUUGUGGUGUUGCAUUCUAAUGUAAAUUUUCAGAAAAAAUCUAGUGUAGAUUUUGAGAUGGGAUUUAGUUAGAAGAAGUAUUUAUAUACACAAGAUGCUACACUCUAUCAAAAUUUACAGAAAAUUAUAGAUAAGCAAAUUUCUUCAUUUUGUUUCCA